CGUUGCCUUUCUAUUUCAACUGGUCUACGUGCAAGACAACAGAAAAUGCGUCUCUUAAUUCUGGUGCUUGUUUUGGAAAUGGGUGACGCAGUGUUUUGGCAGAGGCUCUCCUGUCCCUACGAAGCAAAGCAGCAGGACCUGCUCAGGGUCCUCUGCAGGCGGACUUCUGCAGACUGCUGCUCGGGCCUCGCCUUCAGGCCCACCUCCCUGUCAGCUGAUGGAGGCAACCUGAGGGUGACCCAGGACACACUGUCCUUCUCUGUGGAGCUGCUGCAGCCGACCACUAGAGAAGGAGUUUACUGGUGUGGCCUGUUGGGAAGAAAUGACACCAUCAUCAAGCUGGCUGAAAGCUAUUUUCACCACACGUCAGCCGCGUUCAUCUGGAGCAUCGGUCGCUGGAUUGUGCUUCCUCUCCUGCCCAUCGCCACCAUGUCCACUCUGCUCUGCUCCAGACGCCAGCCUCCUAAUGAGUCACCCUAUGACAUCAUCCAGUAA